AUGGGUACAUUUUUCCUAAUAAACAAUAUAUUUUUUAUCAGGUUCCAGAAAAGAUUUAAUUUACCUGGUGUUAUAGGCUGUAUAGACUGCACCCAUGUAGCAAUUGUCAAACCGGACCAUGAUGAACAUUUGUUUUUUAACAGGAAAGGGUACCACUCUUUGAAUGUACAAAUGAUUUGUGACCAUAAUUUAAAAAUUUUAAAUGUAAAUUCAAAAUAUGGUGGAGCCACGCAUGAUUCUUUUAUAUGGGCAUCUAGUCAAGUUGAACCAUACAUGCGUGAACUUCAUCGACAUGGUGAACAAACAUGGUUACUAGGUGAUUCUGGAUAUCGUCAGAGACCAUGGUUAAUGACACCAAUUUUAAAUGCUGCACCAGGUUCUCGGGAAGAAAUGUAUACCACCCGUCACAUACAAGCAAAAAAUUGCAUUGAACGAUGUUUUGGGCUACUUAAAGCACGUUGGAGAUGCUUGCUGAAACAUAGAACUCUUCAUUACCAUCCUCAUGUUGCCAGCAAAAUUGUACUAGCAUGUUGUGUAUUGCAUAACAUUGCAUUGCAAGCUCAUCUACCACCACCAGUUGACGUAGUAGCUGAACCACAUGAUGGUGGUGAUGAUGAAGCUCCUGUUGGUUUAUCUGCUGCCAGCAGUCAAGACGAGCUCAUGAAUGGAAGAGCAAUACUUAAUUGCUUAAUAAAUAGAUUGUAAGAUAUACAUGUACUUUGUUUUUUAAUUUAAUUUAUUAUAUAAUAUAUAACUAAUAAGCUCUU